CAGAAAGAGUCCUAUUCCGAGUAUGACUGCAAUGAACCUUUACUGGAGCACGCCGUCCUUUCGGCCACUUCCCAGCUGCGUGAACGGGGGCCGGAAAAUGCUCGAUUAAACGAAAUUGUGCUGUAAACAGAUAAAAAAGUGCAGAGCCGGAGAUGCAAACGAUGCUGCACAUCCGGAGGCUGUGUGUAAGAAUCUGAAUACUUGUGCAUCCGAGAAUCUCUGGCUGUUUGUGAGCGAGUUAGUGAAGCGUUACACGGUGUGUCUUCCAUUCUUCACCGCAAGCAGCAGCAUGUCGCUACGGAAUGGGGGUCACGUUCGCUGGGCAUUUGACCUCGCUGGAUGGCGACCUAGUUUGGCAGACCUGCUGCUAGCGACGUCCUGCAUACAGCCCGAGGAAAAGAACACUUUGCAGCGGUUCGUGUUUCGUGACGAUUUCAAUGCAUCCCUCAUCGGACGUUUGAUGAUGCGCCGGUUCGUCCAAUUGGCCACGGAUCUGGCGUAUGACGAGAUCAAGUUCGAGCGCGAUUCGAAAGGCAAACCGUUCUUAAAAAACGAAGGCGUGGCGGUGGAUUUCAACGUAUCACAUCAGGGUCGGUACGCUGUGCUGGCCGGAAUGGCGACGAGUGUUACGUCGAACGUUACAUGUGCCUCCACCACCAAGCCUACUCCCAAGAUUGGUGUUGAUGUUAUGAAGAUCGAGUACGGUGGAGGCAAACCGUUGGACGAGUUUUUCCGCCUGAUGACGCGCAACUUCUCCGAUGACGAGUGGCGGUACAUACGCGGGCGUCCAGAUAAUAAUGCACAGCUGGAAGCGUUCAUGCGUAACUGGUGCCUGAAGGAGAGCUACGUGAAGAAUGUAGGUGUGGGCAUUACGGUCGAUCUGAGGAAAAUUAGCUUCCGGAUACAGACGGAGGUACUGGCACGGGAUCGGGUCGUAUGCGAUACGACACUGCGCGUAAACUCGGAACCGAUGAGUAAUUGGCGCUUCGAGGAGUCACUGAUCGAUCGGGAUCAUUGUGUGGCGGUGUCAUUGGAAAAUGUUCCCACGGAUCAAGAUCUGUGUGGCAACUGUUUCGAGCUAAUCGAUUUUAAAGCGCUAGUGGAGGGUCACAGACCGCUGCUGGCAAUUGAUGAGAAUUAUUGCGAGGGUAUUAUAAGCAAGGAGUAUAAGAAGUCAAAGUAGAGCAAAAUGGUUCAGAUUUUAUGCGCUAAUUUCGCAUGUGGUGAUGGGUAGCGGGGUAUGAAAGGUAUUUAGUCGAUAAAUAUACGUGUAAGCACAAAAUUUAACAUUCGUGAGGCCAUUACAGAGGGAAAUUGAUUUUUUAUGGUAAAAUACAAGAGUUUAGCCUAUAAGAAGGUAAACGAA